CUAAAUAGAAAAUGAACACGUCAGCACAAGUGGCAGAAAUGGCGUAAUUUCACCCGGACGGCUGUGCCGGUAAUACAAUGCGGAAUACAACACGUAAGCAAAAGUGGCACGUUUUACAUAAUUAUGGGGGAGGCAGAGUGACCUGCAGUGCAGGUAACUCAUUCCAUAUCGAUCGCCCGUCAACUCGUUCGUUCCCCAUCUGUAAACACCACUGCUGCAUAACACUUCUGUCUGUCAAGUUGAAUCUUUCAUGUUGUCCCAAUCACAUCAGCUCUGCGUUGUAGCAUGUGUCCAUGGGCAUUACUGGCGAAUUAUCCGCUUGCUCUAUCAUGAGUACUACGGAAAAUUUGCACUCGAAGGUGCUAUACGAUUCAUGAGAGCUUGUCAACAUCCCUUCAACGUCCAUUCCAUACUCUCCGAGUUGCGUCAUGUGGGCCCCUACUUAGGUACGAACCCGGUUCAAGUUCACUUCCCCUUUAUAGCAUCACUGCUAUGGGGCUUCACAUCGAGUUCCCGUUCGGCGCCUAGUGUUGUUCUUCCAGAUUUGGGGCAUGUCGAAUAUAUAAGCAACGAUUACGGCACAACCGUGUUUGACAUCACGGACCCGUCCAAUCCACGCUACUGUUUUGUCAGUUUCCAUGGCCUUUCAGUGACGAAUGAUAAAUGUGAACGAUUUAUGCCCCUGACUGGAGAAGUCUACGGAACGAGUUAUCAUCCGUCUGAGCAAACCGACCAUGGUCGGAAAGAAGCGGCUGCUGCUAUCGAGUCCAUCCAACAAUACCAAACUGUUUCGUACGAAACUCUCAAGAUUUGCUGGCCGCAUGAUUUUAUGCAGUACAUCCCUGCAGGACGUGACGGCGAAUCAAAUACACACAAAAGAGAGCCAACGGUGCCUCCUCUUUCUCUCUGCGCCCUCAUGACACUCCCACACUCGGAAUUGGAAUCGGUCCCGGAGCAUAUAAUUAAAGAUUCUGCCACGGUCGCGGAUGUGUGCGACCGGUUUUCCGGGCGACUCACGCGGCGACUGUUGUUAGUGUCCAAAGACGGAGUUCUCGAUCUGGGCGGUAUCUCGGUGACAAUCACGGAACUAACUCAAGUGGUUCAUGGUAUCCCUAUCUUGGCACAGAACACUCUUUAUCUCAGCCUUGUGGCCUGGUCAAAUCCCGAGGGAGGACUCGUGAAAGUCUCCGAUCUUGCCACCCUGCAGCAAUGUUUCCCGCAGCUCUCUUGUGUGAAUGCCAUUGGAUGCAAGCACUUCGAUGCCUCUCUAAUCUCGGAAUAGUACGAAAGCACUUGUUCCCCGUUUUCAAUAAUUUGGUAUGAGCCAACUGCCAGAUCCAAUGCUUUCGUGGAAGGAGAUCCAUUUUUUCUAAAUCUCCGAGCAUCCCGUACAACUCGUUUCCGAGUCUUUGUUCGAUCAAGAUCC